AUGGCGGUGUACGUAUACUCUCAGCGGGAGAAACCGGAGGGCCUGACUCUUCAGCACGAAAGGUGCGCACGCGUUCAGGCAAUGCUCUCCGCGCACCACGCUCGACGGUUCGACGCCUUGCAACGACGGUGUCCGGACGGCAAGUACACGGACGGGCACACCAGCGAGGUCUUCCUCGACCCGUCGCGACGUCCGAGUUGCUCCCAAAGGGCUGGGAGACCGCACGGUCCGCGCGACGGAAGCCACGACGACGUCGAGACAAGGCGGUGCGCCAGCGUGGACGACGAAGUCAGCUGUUUCAGUGCGCAGCAUGUGAGCGACACGCCGAGCAGCAGCAUGGAGGAUGUUGCCUCAGCACAGUCAGCGCUAACACCAUGUUCAAUAUGCGGCAGAACCUUUCGUCCUGAUGCUUUGGCACGACACGAACAAAUAUGCCUCAAAACGAAAUCCAAGCCACGCAAGGUUUUUGAUUCUUCAAAGCAAAGGAUUGAAGGGACAGAAAUCAAGAAUGCACCGAAGCUGCUGACCCUUUCACCAAAGCCAAAGCCAAAAGCCAGAACUAACUGGAAGGAGAAGCAUGAGGAGCUCAUCCGUACGAUUCGUGCCGCACGUGGUGAAGACGUUGGGCCGUCAACCGACACUGCUUCAAAUGGCAGCCGGCCAGCAGUGCCUGCAGGAUAUGUGGAGUGCCCUAGUUGCAACCGCAACUUCAGUGAUCGUGCUGCUGACCGACACAUUGCGUGGUGCCAAGAGAGAAAAAGUCGGAUACCAAAGAGCCCAGCCAGCGCAGAGGCCGUCGAGAGGCUCAAAGCCAGGACGAAGUACAAGGUCCCAACACCUGGCAAGAAGAAUGGCACUGUGAGCCCAUCGGGCUCUCAGGGCUCAAAGGAGGGUGGCAGUGGCAGGGUCCCUGCGGUCAACCGAAAUCACCAGAGGACAAAGUCGUCUCCAUCGACGCUGGACACGAAUGGGGCAACCACAAACAAGGCAAAGAAGCCGACUGUAAGCCGUCGAGUGAAGCAGCUGCCUGCUCCUGUUAAACCGAAACAGCUCAAGCCUGUGAAUGUUAUGAAGUUCAAGGAAAAGUUUCCCAACCACGUCAGCAGCCCAUAUAGGUAUACUUCCGAUGACAGUUAUGAUCCAUUCAAGAAGGCCGACAUGCAGAUGCGAGAAUUGAUGCGAGGUUCCACCCUGACAACCAAGAACCCCAGGACGGUUCCCGGAGUGCGAACGGGUGGCUUAAGUAACAGCAUAAAUGGAAACCUGAGCGACUCCGCCAGCUACACGAGUACCAACAGUGGAUCCGAGAACAAGCUGGACGAAGAAAUGAACUACCUCAACGCAAAGUUUGCCGAGCUCUCGAGGCCAGGAUUCACAGGGGAGUUCAAAAACAACUGGGCCAAGCGCAUGAACGACAAUGCAGUGGCACUGCACUCUCUCAGCGACCGGGAUGUCCACGUCAGCAGUAGUGGCAGCGACGGCUCGUUGCCAAGCGUGGGGCAUGGCCUGGAGACCAAAGUUCCUUACCUGUGUCAUCAGUGUGGCACCAUAUACCCGGUCACUGUAGCCAAGUACUGUUGUGAGUGUGGUGCCAGGAGGCUCGGCUACAUCAGCCUGUAUACGUAACGACGAGUCGUUCGAGUGCGUAGUGGUAAGCUGGGAACAUUCUUGACUGCCGUGGCAUUUUGAAAUAUGAAAGCGAAUGCUGUAAGAAGCAUUGGUUGCUCACUGUGACUCAGAGGCUGUUUUGUUGUGCUGCACUCUAUGAGCUAUUUUUUUCAGUUUGUCUCUUCGUUGUGUACCCACUAAACAGUCACAUCUAAACGUUUACGAAACAACCUCAGACUUGUAAACUUAUAGUGUGAAUUUGGUAUCUUGCGACAAUUAUACUCGCUUGCUGCAAUGUGAAAUCGUCAUGCAAUGUGCAUCGUAGCCGUCAUAACGUACGCUUCUUGGCACCCUGUAGCGGUUAAACCAAAUAUUGCGAAAAAAUAAGGUUGUGAACCGCUUUAGUGGCUUCCUUAUGUCACACAAGACAGUAAUAAGCUUGGCAUUUUGUCAUCGACUUACUUUAAAGCUUUUUUUUUUUUUUUUUGCAGUUAAUAGGUAUGCACGUUAUAGUUUUCAAUCUAGCAACAAUGACACUUAGUUACCGACGUGGUUGCGGUCGUCAAGACGCUAUGGCGCGAGACGGGCAAGUUUGUUGCUGUCGCUUGUCGCUAUCGCUCGAAAAUCGCAUGCAUGCGGUUUGGCCUUUGGCAGUAUACUUUUGUCUCUUUGUCAGAACUUUGGGCCUCUUCAAUCGCAGUGGUUACUGGUGUCUUCAGCAUUUCCUUGACCUGGAACAAGGUCACCGCUGUUGGCGUAAUGAGUGCUUUAGUUGUAUCUUAAAUGCUCUCCGAUAGGGCAUACCUUCUAUAACGUGUGGUUUCGGUCCACAGCUUCUGGCAUGUUACGUGUGAAUGUCAUGUGAAAGUGCUGCUAAAGAAAAUCUUUUUUGAAAGUGCGGGCGAUGGUGUCUGCCGCUAUGCCACAAUUCUGAGUUUUGCACUCAAGUCACGCAUGAAAUGUGCACAACUGUUUCUGGUAGAUAGAAGUACACUUGAAUGCGUAUUCACUCGCUUUCUCUCUCUUUUCUUUUUUUUCUGCAUGAAACAGCAUUGUAUCGCUUUCGUUUAGCACACACUGCCUCAACUGCUGCACCCUUUUCCACCCGCCUUGAGUGCAGUAUGAGUAGAACCUCGAUAUAACAAACCUGCAGUUUUAACAAAGUAAAUGAGAAUGGGAAUUUUCAAUCGUAUAGCAUUACUAAUAUAUAUUUACUGUCAUUUUUUGGAUAUGAUCUGACUAUUUUUGUGUCACACGUGAUUUUGCUGUAAAGAUAAUCAUCCAUUGUGCCUUUCCAAGGACUACAGCACUUUAUUUAGUCACUGCCUUUUCACUAUUGUUGAUCAUGGAAAGAACCUAAAAGCUUGCAUUGCGAUAACUUUUUUUUUUUCAAGCACAUGCAUUAGUGCUGGAUACUACCCUCCUUUGUUUUCUCCAUGAAUGUUGUCAUGCCUCGCAGGCUAUGAAUCUCAUUGAUGUCUUGUUCUAACACUCAACUUGUAAUCACGAUACAGUAAUAAUAUUAGUACAUAGUGUUAAGAAAGGUACAGUCAACUUCAGAACCUUUUAGGACCUCCUAAGAAUCCCUGCUUGCAAUUGCAGAAAUGCCGCUUAAAAAAAUAUUUCUCGGUUGCCAUUUCGGUGUUUUGGGACAUUUCUGCAAUUUAUCGGUCUCCAAUGUACCUCUGCAUUUGACAGAACCGUGGUGAUAAGGAAAUUACUUCCUAUUUAUGUCAUCGGUUUUGAAUGCACUGAUGUGCAUCUUCAAGGAACGUUUGCUGCAUAUUCUUUCUUUACCUUCAAAAUUUCACGUAUGAACAUCUAAUAAAAAAAAAAGGCUUCUUGAGACAUUCAACAUCUUGAUCUGACAGGCUAUCUGCCUGCAAGAUUGCAAGGUUUAGUAUGCAAGGUUUAGCAAAAUAUCACACGCUGCAUGAUGCCAUCCUGCCAAAAGCAAAAAGCUAUUUUUCACAUUUGCGAUCAUGGCACACAGUGGUGCACGUGAACUUUCCUAGGAUUACCCGCCACGGUGAUCUAGUGGCUAAGGCUCUCGGCUGCUGACUCUCAGGUCGCGGGAUUGAACUCCGCCCGCGACAGCCACAUUUUUCAUGGAGACGAAAAUGCUUGAGGCCUGUGCACAUAGGUUUAGGUGCACGUUGAAGAACCUUCGGUGGUCGAAAUUUUCAAAGUCCUACACUACGGUGUCUCUCAUAAUGACAUUGUGGUUUUGAAACCCCAACAAUUAGUAUUAUUAUUAUCGUAUAACACUCCUAAGAUUACAGAUAUGGAAAUACUCGAUAAGGUCAGUGGGUGAACGUCUGGUACUAUAGCUCAAUUGGUAGAAUAUCGGGCGCGUAGUUCAAAGAUUCUAGGUUUGAUCCUCUAUAGUAUUAAGUUGUUUCUCUGCCCAAUUUAAUUAAAUUACCCUUUGUGCAAUAAUUAGCACAAGCCCCUACAAAUAAUACUUUCUAUAGUUUCAUAUGUUUCAUUAGUUGUUGGCCUCAUAUUGCUAUGUCUUACAAAGGAAUGGACCCUACAAUUCAUUCUCAUUGUUUUGUUCAGCGUUCCAGAAAAAAUUUAGGGUGAUUCGCCACUUUCAGCUGUCAGCAUGUCAUAUGCAGUGAACAUCUGAUGCCAGUAGCGUUUAUUAAUACUUCUAACGUUAUUUCUGGCCUAUGAUUCCCCUCUGCAACGGCAUUUCACAAAUAUGUCUUUUUAUAUUUUGGCAGGGUACAAAGGCACGAAGUGCAACAGAGACAGCGUCACCAUAAUAAACUUUUUCACAGCCCAAGUGCACUGCAGCAAUGACUGCCUGCUUUUCAAUUUUGUAGCACAGUAAAAGCAAAGCAUACUGACUGCGGAAGUUCUUUGAAUUGUAGGCAACUAGAACAUGUUGAUUAUUGGUAAUAUAGGCUGGUGAUAUUUCUCGGUAGUAUUUAUUACGUACACAAUGUGAAAAAUCACGGUUUUGAAACCUGUUCAGAAUCAAGUGUACGUUGCAUUUGUGUCACAAGAUAUUCCCAUGGCUUAGCUUUCGCUAUGAUGUCUGUGCACUCCAGAACACCUGCCUGAUAUGCCUUCAAGGAUUUUUUUUUCUCAAUGACACCGCUUUGGCAUGGCCUUUUAGCCACUGUUUGCUUGUGACAUGCAUCCAUCAACAGGGACGCCUUUGGUAUGUCUUACAUUUAACUUGGAGAGUUUGUGUAUGUGUGCUAACAUGCAAUCAUUGUCCGAAGUAUAGUUCGCUAGUCAUGUGAUUUUCCAAAUUCCUGCAUGCGUUGGAUCACAGUAUCCAACAGCUAUUGCCUAUUGGAUUGCAGCCUCUGUGGGCUAGUUCAGUCUAGUUUAAUAAACUUUUGUUUGUCACCAUCUUUAAUGGUUCAACUGUUUUUUGCAGUGUGCUUUUUUUUUUUGUAGAACAUAUGCACACAAGGAAUGCCUUCCUUUGGCUGCUUUUUUUUAUUUGUGUGUGUGUGUGUAGCAUAGAAUAUUGACAAAUCGUGCGUAAAAAAGUCCUCGCUGCUUUCGCCCUGUCUGCUAGAAGAUAGCAAUGACUUGAACUGCUGACUGUAGGUACUUUACAGUCUAUACAGAGAUAUGUACAGUAAGCUAGCGUUCUUGAAAUGACGUGGGUUUUUCACAAGAGUGAGAGUGUGAUCACCUCAGUAUAUUUGCUCCCUUACCUCUGUGCCCAGUAUUAAUCUGUGUUGCAUGCAUAUUGAUUGUUGUAGUGUUACUACGGUUGGUCCGCUUCUUCGAAUAACGUUAAUGACUGAGCCAUCAGCUUGCUUGUUAUGUGCUUGUAUUCAACGUUGAGCAUUCCAUGCACAGCAUGUUCAGCUUGCCGCAGCUGGUUGAAAUAAGGCACACACUUUGUCAGAUACAUGUGCUUCCACCAAACAGUGGUCAGAUUGUUAUGUUAUCUGGUCAAAUUGUUAAGCGCCUUUUUCGUAUCCUUCUUAGUGUUUUGAAAAACUUGUAUUGGUGGAUUUUUCUUACUUUAAGGUGCCCGCAUUGGCACGUGUUUAUGUCAUACCUCAUUUUAGAAAGCUCAGUGCUCGUUACGGAGUCUCAGCGGGUUAAGUUUGCGAUCCACAGUUCUUGUAAAAAAGAUAUAAAAGGCUCCAUUUGCCACACACGUUACUAGGUCCUCCUCCACAUGUCACAGUGCCUCCUAGAUUUCACGUCGUCUUAAUUAGGAACUUAUUUCAAAUCCGCACUUUACACUAAGCAUCUCCUAAGAGAUUCUAGUUUAGUCAUUGCAAUGGCGUUCUUAAAGAUGCCAGGCUGAUGACUAUUUGUCAUUGACUGAAUGCCAAGGUCCAAAUAUACCUUGGGCCGCACAAUUUAAGUUCCUUAAAAGCCAUUCGAAUGUCAGUAGGCCACACCAUUACAUCUGUUUAGGUUUUAGCACCAAGAAUACCUUGUAAUCUGUACAACUAAUUUUGUCACUUGUGGAAUGGUCUUACAGUUCCUGUAAGGAUCACUAUAAGUUGGCUGUAACAAACAUUCAACGAGACGAAGCAGAUCCGUUUCAAAGAUAGUAGUUUUAAGUUUUAACUUUUUAACCAUGCUACGACUAAUAUUCUAACAUGCCACAGCUCUAAAAUAGAGUAUGUGCCAAAUAUUGCUAUUGAAUUAAAAGCAUGGUUGCUAUAAAAGUUUGUUUUUGCCUAAUUGUGUUUCGUUCUGGUCUGACAAUGCAUUCGAGCAGUUGUUACACAUGGUUGCUUGCCAGGAAGCAUUUUGUUUGCAGGGGAGGGUUAGUUUCUUUUAAAGAUUGAAGUCUUUGUUGGGAUAAUUCAACACGAAAACUUUGGUCUGCCUUUUGAUGUCUGUCCAUCGACUCAGUCACCCGGUGAAAAUUUAACCCCUUGCUCAAUGCCCACCUACCUUGAUCUGGUGGUUGCCUUCAUACCUGUGAACAUUUUCAAUCAAAAGGCAAAUAUUUUGCAUAUUUGAGGUGCAUCAAUACAUAAUUGUUAGGCAGUGUGUCUUUUUAUUUAUAAUAUGCAUAGAUAAGUAAUUUUAAAUACUAAAGUGCUUAUUAUUCUGCGCUGACAAUGCGACGCUAUGUACGAAAAAGCGGGUGCUUCGUACACUUCGCUAAAAAAUUCAGGGGGUUUAACUAAACUGACCCGGUGCAGCCACCUACCACUGGCUCUGCAAUCUAAAAAACUAGUUUUCUCACAUUGCUGCCAGAUGGUGCCAUAUCUCGUGUAGCGCCUCCAGACAGAAGACUGUCGUCUUUCGAUGUCUUUUUUCUUUGUAAUCAUUUCUGUUUUGCUUAGCACAUGUCCCUCUCUCAAUGUUACAGAACUGGUACUUUUAUUAAGGCCUGUAUAAUGUUUGCCUUCUCUGAAUACUAAAGCUCAUGCAGUUAAUGUUAGGUGUCAUUUAGUUUGCUUGGCAAAAGCUAUGGGCAUUAUGGAAUUCACUUUGCUUAUCUUAAAGACCAGAAACCAUGGAAGGCAGUGUGCGAGGAUUCAGUGAACCAAAGGAGGAGCUGAGACUGUUGUUUGCCUGUAAAAAUUGCGUCGUUAUGGUUUCUAGCUUGUGAGCCUUCGGAAACGACCUGCAAAUGCACUGCAUUUCUAGAGCAUUUUGCUAUUUAAAUUUUACCAUAGACCUAUCACAUUGACAAACUGUUUUCGAACUUUUAUUUUUUAUGUCAUGUUGCUUGCACAUAUAGUGUGUGGGGGCACUUCUUUUUUUCCUUUUUGCUUCGUGCCAUUUGACAAAAUGUUAACACUGUUAGCAAGUUCGACGUUGUGUUUGAUUUAUCGCUGUUCCAUAUGUUGAAUGUUUGUUAUGAAGCUUGUAAUAAAGUGUAGCAUCAAAGUGUUUGCAAGGCCUAAUGCCACAGCUGCACGUGUACUCGCAUUGUGUGCCAUGGCUGAUUCUCGGCCGUACUAUUGUCAACAAGAAUUGAAAUAAAUAUGAUGACUUGCGCAUGGUUCGAUGC